GAAGACGCAUUUGCCUUGGUUCCUACUGCGGAGGGUAACUUUUUUGCAUACAAGUUUGCAUCACUUCCAACUGCCAUUCAUGAAUUUUGUCUUUCCCCUGAAGAGAACCUUGGCACGUACAACAUCUACGUGAAGCGGGCGAGUUUCAAGGACGACGGCGUCCUCCAACAGUUUGUGGCCGAAAUGGCCGGUCAGCCAGUGAUUGCGCCUCCUGUUCUCGAAGAGGUUGUGCCAAUCGCCGCCGAAGACGAGGAGUCAGUGGAGCUGAGUGCGGAGGAGUUGGAGAAACGCAAGGAGUUUGAGCGUCGCCGCAUGGAGGUCGCGACAAAGGGCGGUCUGGACAUCAAGGCCGUCUUGGGCCACCGCUUCUCCAUCCCUGACGGCGAAGCCGAGGACGAAGACGAGGUGGAGGAGGAGGCGGAGGUGGCGGCGGCGGCGGAACGAAGGAAUACACCAGCUGACGACCCACGCGUUGAGGUGACCAGUCACGACACCGAUUCCCAGAAGUGCAGUAGACAAGACUGA